AUGGAAAGUCUGUGGGACGAAGUUCUGCAAAGAGUUUGGCGUGGCGUACGCACAACAUUCGGUCUCGCAGCGUCUGCCGACCUAGCUGUGUUGGCCAGGAUGCUCAAAGCAGCAGCGCAGAUGGCGGAGAGUAAAGUCGGAUACCCUAUAUCGGUAAUACUGAGCUUUCCCAUAUUGCCUGCCUUGCGCCAGGAAGAUGUCACUUCGGCCAUCGAGCACGCAGGAUUAUGCACACCGACAUAUUGCGGAAAGCAGUUACACGAGCUCGUUGCUGCGUAUGCCGGCUAUGAGAUGGGCCUCUCAGAGAGCGCACCUGAACUUGCAAGCCGCAGUAAGAAGAUGCACGAGCUCCCGAGACGCCACGUCGUCCUCGUGGAGUAUACCGAGGUUGCUAUUCUACUUUACUGCGCAGUGCUGGAAAAGGGAAGCAAUACGCCCGACGUCACAAGAGGGAUUCGGACAAGUUUUGAACUAGGCAGCAACAACGGAGCCUCGACAGAGGAGGUACAUGAUUUUGUCUCGGAGUACUUGCGUGACGUAAGUUCCAGUAACACACGUUGGGGUUUCCCCGAAAAAAUCAGUAUCAUGAUGACGGGAAGUCUAGAAAGUGUUGGUCGCGCAGGGAUUCGACAGGCAAUCGUCGGGGCCGUUGAAGCAUUUGGAUCGCGGGCCAACGUUCUGUAUUCUGAUCCGGAAUAUGUUGCAGCGAGGGGUGCGGCUGAGAUGGCAUGGCGAGCCACUCCGCAGAUGGAGAGCACCGAGGUGUGA